UGCCCAACAUAACGCCCACGCUUUUCUCUUCUCUCAUAAAACUUAGUUUCAGUUCUCCUCCGUUACACGGCCCUCCCUCUCCUUCUACCCUGUUCCUCCACAAUUCCCUUGAACCCUGUCAUGGGAAACCGAAUCUCAUUUGGUGGCCCAGAUGGGAAAGGAAAAAUCGUUCACUGGGAUGGGUCUGUGGAGGAAUUCGAGAAACCAGUGACCGUGGCGGAGCUGAUGCUGGAGCAUCCGCAGCAGGUGGUGGUGGAGUUCCGUUCUGCUCUGAACCAAAACAGGCCACUUCCUUUGUCUGCUGAUAAGAAGCUUGAGAGGAACAACACUUAUCUAAUGCUUCCGCUGAGACGUGGGAAGCCUGUUAGAUUGAACAGCGAAGAAAGUCGACGCAUUCUCUUAAUGGUUGACUCUGCUCUGAAAUCCAAGUCUCUCUUGUUUUCUUCUUCGAGGUUUCUUUCUCGGCUUGCUCGGGUGUGUCGCGACAGACCAGUUGGGGAAGGGGUGUUGAAGAAAACACAAGAGAGGUACGUAUGUUCUGAGACUUUGCCUGAAAUUACAGAAAGCACUCCUGAGUAUCUGAGCAGACAGGUUUCUGGAAAAGAGUGGAAACCAAGCCUGGACACCAUUGACGAGAAGAAUAUUCAGAGGAAACUGUCAGGCUGCCUGUUUCCCUAGGAGUUUAUAUCUUCAUGUUUAAUGUUGCAUAAGGUCUUUGUUCCAUAUAUAUAUCGACCUUUUUGAAGGGCUGCAGAAACAAUGACUUUCUGGUUCUGGUUCUGCUAUUUCGUUGCGAUUAAUCUCAGCAACAUCGACAAAUUUAGAAAUACGUGUCUUUGAUGUCAGUUGUGUUGGCAGUCAGCUCAUUA